AAGUAUAUAUAUAUCAAUUUAAGAAAUGUCACUUUCUUCUAAUUCUACUACACACUCUGGAAUAGUCGAUCAGAACAAAAAAUAUUCUUUAGAGGAAGUUCAGAACAACUUAAACGAGUCUGUUAAACCCGUAGAUUCUUGUUCAGGGCCGAGUUACUUUAACAAUUUAUAUAACAUUCCUCUUCCUGAUCAGCCGCCUACCAACAUGGCGUGCUCCUUUAAUAAUUAUUAUAACAACAACUGCGAUAUUGAAGGGCCUGAAUCUCAUUAUUAUGGUAAGUGCAGAGUUGCUCCUUCCCAGACUCCUCCAGACCGGAACCAGUUUUUCGAGCGUUCAUCUUCGCCGUACUUCAAAAACAAGUCUGAAGAUCUAAAAGGAGUGGAUUCUGGUCAGCUAGUAGAUCCCAGCGACCUUCACUUCUCUCGCAUUCCUUCUAACAGUCACUAUGUGCGCUUGCGGCCGUUUGCUGUUUCCCCGCGCAUGCCCCACUUCCCUCGGUUCGGCCUUUCUGAUAUGAUGGUCGGAAGGACUCCUUCUUCCGCUCACUGCGGUCCAAUAGAGCAGCUCUCCUCGUACCCAAUGCUUUAUCGCCCCAUGACACUCCCCUCUGGCUACGAGUUGUACGCCACUCCCACGCGGCCACCCCCGAAGGAUAAUUACAAUUAUAUGGAAGAGCGCUCCGAAAGAAAUGUAGACGUGAAGCAUCACAUGGACCGGUUAGCAUGCGCACGAGACGGUGGUGAGCUGCCAAAGGACACCAGACACUUGCCUCAUUUGCCCUCUGUUUAUCCCAAACCUGGCCACUAUGCGAGUUUGAAAGGCCAAAACGUGCCGUUAAACUAUAUAAAUGCUAUGAGACUGAAACAGCGCCAGAAAGAGGACCUCACUUUGUUGGACAGUAUUUAUGAAGGCAGCAAGGCGGAAAAAAUUCAGUCAAUGUCUAACGAAUUUGAAGUGGAAAACUUUAAUUCUGUGAACAAUGAAAAACUGGGCUCUUACGAUAAACCGCGAGCUCCUCUACAACGCCCAAGAGUAAAGAGGCCGAAGAAAGUAGAAUCUGUUUUUACUACGCCAUCGGGAAUGAAGCUUAACUCUAAAGAAGAUUUGUACUACGAUGCCUUGGAAGACUUCGUCGAUUUGUGUCCUGAUUUCGAAUCGGAUCAAUCCCUUUCCGCGGACUCUGAUGGCGGGGACUUUGACGAUCCCAAUCUCAUCAUUGAAUAUCCGAAUGAGAAAGUCGUUCGCCUCUGCGAUUAUGAGCAGGCGUUGGCCCUUCUCAAUAAAGAAAUAGCUGACGUCGAGUCCCAAUUGGGCAUGAGUUUCACUAAAACAACUCUAAAGAGUCCCAACAAGCGAAGGAAGCGAUGGAUUAUCGACGACGUGUUAAGCGAUAGCGGGUCUGAAGAAGAAACUUUUGUUCCUGAUGAGAAGUGGCUGCAGUCGGCACUUCGUUUCUAUUGGCGGAAAAAGCAGGCACAGAAGACUUAUAGGAGACAAAGAACUUUUAUUCGUGAAAAGUAUGCUGAUUACGGCACUCUUCUUCUUUCUGUUAUAAAAAAACGAGGCGCUACCCGCCUUGUCUCCGGAAAGAAAAAAGUAGAGUACAACUUUCCCGAAAAAAAUUAUGAAGUUUUACGACUUCUCGCCAAUCAGUUUGAGUCCAUAGCCAGCAAGCAAGUCAGUUGGACAAAAAGUUAUUCGUCCGAUAAUGAAGAGCAGACUCCUCUGCGUGGGCUCCGCAGGUCUUCCUUUUACUCAAAAAGCGAGGAAGCCAGUGAAGAGGACGGAAAGAAGAGUUGGAGUUUUAUUUGCAAGCGGGAAAUUCCUCGCGCCUAUCGCCAAUUUUUUGCUCAACGGAACUUAAAACUUAGCAAUUUAAAGCGUUUAAGUGCGAUGUGUCAGAAAGAAGCUCGUUUUAAUGCUAUUAAGCGCUUCAGAACUGCGCGGGAAACGGCUGCUAAAAACAAGAAAAUAAUGAGAGAGAUGCUACAUUAUUGGCGUAAACACGAGAAGAAAGAGCGCGAAAAUAGGAAGAGGGCCGAGAAGCAGGCUUUGGAACAAGCAAAGCUGGAAGAUGAAAUGCGAGAGGCCAAGCGGCAGCAAAGGAAACUCAACUUUUUGAUUACGCAAACUGAACUUUACGCUCAUUUUAUGGUGGAGAAAUCCGCAGCCGGGCAGGCCGAGCUUCCCUCUAAAGAAGAAAUAAUAGACAAAUUGCACGCUAAAGAGGACAGCAGCGCCGAUCACGACAUCGAUAAUGAAGAGAAGGAAUUUCGAGAAAGAGCUGCUGAGAGCAUAAAAGGAGCGCUUUUGGCGGCUCGAAGAAAAACUCAAGCGUUUGAUACCGAAGCGACCAUACUAAAGCGUCAAACUGCACAGAAACCCCAGAAGCUCUCUCAGGAGGCUUUUGAUAACAUGUCUAACUUCUCCAAUCCCGUGUCUUCGGAUGAUCUGCCCCAACCAAAGUUGUUUGUUGGGACACUAAAAUCCUAUCAAUUGAAGGGAAUGAGUUGGUUGGUGUUUCUCUAUGAACAGGGCAUUAACGGCAUUCUUGCCGACGAAAUGGGCCUUGGCAAAACUAUCCAAACAAUAGCCCUCAUGACGUACUUAGCGGAGGUUCACGGUGUGUGGGGCCCGUUCGUUGUCAUCUCCCCCCUGUCCACCGUUCAUAACUGGAUAAACGAGUUCCAACGGUUCAGCCCGCAUUUGAAAGUUCUUCCUUAUUGGGGGACGCCCAAACAGCGGCAAGUCAUUCGCAAGGAAUGGACCCGUAAGCAACUCCACAACCGCGAUGCCUCGUUCCACGUGCUCAUUACCAGCUAUGACAUGGUUGUGGCGGAUGAGCGGUACUUUCAGCGCUUUCGGUGGCAAUAUAUGGUCCUGGACGAGGCUCAGGCCAUAAAGAGCACUUCGAGUCAGCGUUGGAAAGUUUUGCUUCGGAUUAAUUGCAGGAAUCGACUGUUGCUUACGGGCACACCCAUUCAGAAUAGCAUGGCGGAACUUUGGGCUCUGCUGCACUUCAUUAUGCCGACGCUUUUCGACUCCCACGACGAGUUUACUGAAUGGUUUUCUAAAGACAUUGAAAGUCAUGCGGAAAAAAAGUCUGGCCUCGACGAAAAUCAGCUGAAAAGGCUACAUAUGAUAUUAAAACCUUUUAUGCUGCGGAGACUCAAACGACACGUGCAGCACCAAUUGGGUGAAAAGCUUGAAAUACAAGUGGACUGCGGUCUGACACCUCACCAGCGUCGCCUUUAUGAAGGUGUUAAGCAGAAAAUUAAUAUUGAAGAUCUUUUGAGCUCCACCACGUCGAAGUCCGUUAACGAUCAGAUGAGCAAAAGACUAAUGAAUUUAGUUAUGCAGCUUCGGAAGGUUUGUAACCAUCCUUCUCUUUUUGAGCGCAGAACAACGCAUGUUCCUUACUACUUUCUUGAUAAGUCCCAGCCUUUACUGAACGCCGAAGAACUGGAUACCUUCAACAUGCGUAAAAAGUUGUUUGAACGAGACGGCUCUUUUGAUAUUGUUAAGCUAACUCGAAGCCCAAUACUAUUUCGCCUUCCUGCAGUCGUAUACAACGAGUUUUUGGCGGCCGAAACUGAACGAAAAAACUUAUACAGGAAAUAUUAUAAUAUUUUCGCUGCUUUUCAUGUGGUUAAAAACUGCGAAGGGAGCAAGUGUUUUUCGUUUCUUCGUCCUUUAAUAGAUCUCUCUUUUCAGGAAUUCAGCUAUAUGGCUGGCGCCGAUUGGCUACUGCGCGCCUUGGCCUUGUUUUGCUUGGCUCAGCGAGAGAAGCUUAAAAAUAGAAAACUGCUAUAUAAAAGUGUUCCAACGGGGCCUGCAUCGUUAAUGACUCCUGUUUUUUCCCGAAAACUUUGCGGUGAUUCUUCGUUUCUUACUACUAUGACUGCCAUUGGCACGGAAAAUGCAGUUGCACUUCCUGUGGACGUGUGCUGUCAUUCGCUAUCUUUUGAAAGUAAUAGAAAAGAGCAACUCUUUUCAGAUGUCUUAUUGAAGGGUCUUCUUUUUAGAGAUACUUUUCCCGUGCCUACAGCGUCUGAGAAGUUGUUUUCGGUUUCCACUUGGAUGCCAAUGUUUGGGGAUCAUGAAUAUGAAAAUGCUUACGAGUACUAUAAUGCACUUCCCGACACGUUUGAGACGCUCAAGUCAUCUUUUCAACUGGGCAGUUACCACGUGGAAAAAAAUAGCGGUACUGCUUUUGAGCUGGAAAAUAAAAUUUUUGUUCCUAAAGAAACCAGCCGAUUUUUUCCACGUGAUUUUCGACAUUUGGACCCUGAUUGGGCGUGCACUCUGCAGUGUUCGCUCCCGCCCAACGGCAUAUUAGGAGUUAUUAAGCCGUUUCACGGGUGGUGCUUUGCACGUGCACCUGCCCGCAAGCUCCUUGUUACAGACAGUGAAAAAAUGAUUGUUCUCGACAAGUUGCUAAAGAAAUUGAAAGAAGAAGAUCAUCGCGUUCUUAUUUACUCUCAAAUGACUAAAAUGAUCGACUUGUUAGAAGAAUUUGUUCAACUUCGAAAGUAUAAUUAUUUCCGGUUUGACGGCUCUUGUAAAGUAGAAUUGCGGCGUGAUAUGGUUUCUGACUUUCAGAAUCGGGAGGACGUUUUCAUAUUUUUACUCAGCACGCGAGCUGGCGGCCUUGGAAUUAAUUUAACUGCAGCUGACACGGUGAUUUUCUACGACUCUGAUUGGAAUCCAACGGUUGACCAGCAGGCUAUGGAUAGGGCGCACCGUGUGGGGCAAACCCGGCAAGUAACUGUGUAUCGCCUUGUGGCUAAAGGAACUAUUGAAGAGAAAAUUCUUCAAAGGGCUCAGCAGAAAUCCGAAAUUCAAAAUAUGGUCAUCUCUGGAGGAACUUAUAAGGCCCGACUUGAACCGAAAACCAAUGAAGUUGUCUCACUUCUUUUGGGUGAUAAGGACUUGGAAGAAAAAUUCAAAAAGCAGAAGGAGAACAUGAAGCAACAAGAGCUUGAAGUACGAAGGAAAGAAAGGAGACGCAAAAUUGAGCUUCUCAAGGAAGAGCUUAAAAAGAAAGAAGAGAGCGAAAAGAAAAAACAUGAGGUAAAAGCUCGCCUCGAAGCAAGUAAAAGAAAGUUAAGCAAAGACGAACUUUUGGAAAACUCCAUGAAAAAGCCUAAAACGGAUUAGUCUAGAAAAUAAUUAAGAUAACUUUUAGAACGUGAAACAACUUUAU